AUGUCAUUCAUCCUCACGUCCAUCAUAGGUGGUAUAGGAAGUAAAAUCACCUCUGAGUCAGCUACUCAGACCACGUCCACCACAAAAGCCACUAUAUUCAUCUAUCUUUACACCGCCGGAGCGAUGGCAGCAGAUUUUACCAUAACAACCUCCAUCAUGUGGUGUCUUUCAAGAUCAAAAUCAGGUUUUGUUCAGACAGAUCAAAUAGUUAAGAAAUUACUCGCGAUUUCAGCGGAAACUCAACUACCUCCUACUCUCAUGGCAAUCUCGUUCCUUAUCAUCUUCGCAUACAAAACAACCAAAGCUGCCGCUCAUCCUGACGAAAUGAUAAUCGAUGUGACUUCUAAUCUGACUGGCUUCUUCAUGAUGACCAUGCCCAAAACCUACGUUGUCGGUUUCUUGGCAGUCUUGAAUUCCCGGAUGAGUUUGCGGGCAGUCAUGAGCUCCAAGGAUGCUUCAAGUCAACAAUGGAAAGUCAACACAUAUCGACUGAAAAAGCGAACAAUGGAAGGUAAUGUCAAGGUAACUACCGAAACUUAUGUGCAAGCUGAAAGGUACGAUCCUGCCACUCAAACUAUCGCUCGUCAAGAAGGUUACAUCAACAACACAAUCCCGGAGGAAUCUGGGGAAGACGAAUCGAUCUAUAAAGGAGAAUUGGACAAGACACCUCAUACAUCUCAAACGGGAUUUACGUUCGCAGACGCUUUAAAGGAAUCUCGAGUCUAG